AUGACAAGAGUUUAUCAUAACCUCAGAUUGGUGCUGGUGGGUCAGGAAAGAGUCGGGAAGAGCUCAGCAGGAAACACCAUCCUGGGAAAAGAGGAGUUUAACUCUGAACUCAGUCUGGUUCCUCUGACUCGGAGCAGCAAGAAGGCAGAAGGAGAAGUUUUCUCUCGUAGAGUCUAUGUGGUCGAUACUCCUGGACUCUCCAGCUCUGUUCUUCCUCCAGAAGAAGUGAAAGCUGAGAUCCAGAGAGCUGUGGAGCUGAGCUCUCCUGGUCCUCAUGUUUUUCUGCUCACCAUCCAGCUGGGAAGAUUCACUGAACAGGAGAAGAGAGGAUUGAAGAAGCUGCAGGAGAUUCUGGGUCCAGAGGUUUCCAAGUUCACCAUGAUCCUGUUCACCUACGGAGACCGACUGGAGAAAGAAACAGGCAUUAAUGUUCAUCAGUUUGUACAAAGAGAUGAAAACGUGCAGAAACUGCUGAAGAGCUGCAGUGGGAUGUAUCAUGUGUUCAACAACCAGAGGAUGGAAAACAGGAAGCAGGUCCAGGAUCUGCUGGAUAAAAUAGAUUCAAUCUCAGGUGGAGGAUGUCGGUUUUAUAAGGGAGAGUCUGGGUUAGUAUCUUCUGAAUGUUACUUUAUUUUCAAUGACUCUAGGCAGAUUUCUCAGAUAAUUUAUAACAUAGGGUCUCUGUUAUUGUGGUGGAUUUGUAAAUUAACACUCAGAGUUUACAAACUGGGCAGCAGAAUAUUAAACAACAUCAUCAACUGGUUUAGAUAAGAGAUUA